CGAUUUACAGGACCCUAAAUUGGUUUGUUUUUCAAUCUGUUGAUCCCAUGCAAAGUUUGAUUUUUGAUUGUUUUUGAAUUGUUUGAGAUAUUUUUUGAAUUAUUUACAAGAAAAUGGAAGAGGAAUCAUAUAUGGAAGUUGAGGAACCAGAGGGUCUUUAUGUUAGGAACUUGGACGAUGUCAAGGGAAUUAUUAAACAUGCAAAAUUGGAUGAAAGGAAUCUGACGCAUAUCACACAGGCCAUUUACUAUCCCUCGUCGGAAGUCGUCAGCGAUAAUCUAAAGCUCCUAGAACUGGAUGAUCACAUGAUCAAACAAAUCCAUGAAGGACAAUCGCUGUACUUCAAAGGUGGCCACAACGAGAAGGUUGUCCUGUGUACCGAUGAAAAAACCUAUGAUGUAAAAGCAGCGGAGAUUUCCAAUAGUUUACUGUUGAUACCCGAUCUAAAAUUUGCAGCUGCCACAAGUACUUCCCCACUUAAAAGCCCGCGAACCGCCAACAACACGUCUUUGGAACGUAGCUUAAAUGACAGUGCCGAUGAUGAUUUGUUAAUGGAACGAACUCUGGAACAACGGCAAAUUCUUAAAAUAUUCCAUGAAUAUUUUGAAUGUCGUGAAAUACGACCGAAAUUUCGUAAAAUGGGAGAUCUCUUGCAGAUGACACGUUAUUCGGGACCGGAACAUGAAGAAGCUAUCGAUCGUAAAUUGCUGUUCACUUUCGAUCAGUUAUUGGACACCGUCCAGUGUAGUCGCAAGGAGUUUGUGGAGGGCCUGAAACAAUAUCGUUGCAUUGAAUUUGAGGGUUGGAUGCGUGUCCUGGAAUGUGAAUAUGAAUAUCGUAUUGUUAAUUUAAUGGUUGGUUUAAUUGCCGAAAAUUCCUGGCCUCUUGAUGAGGUGGAACGUGAAGAGACCAUAAAUGCUUUGGAGGGUAUUGCUCCAAAACAAAUUGUUGAAGGUCUAUUUGAUGUUUAUACCGUACCCUCAGAUGGUAAAGAGAAUCGUUUUACUUAUAAAGAAGAACUGGUGGCCAGAAUUGUGGCCCAAAAUAUCUUACAGCCUGGACUAAAGUUUCGUGUUGAUGAAUUUUUGAGCACCUGGCAGGAAGCUGUCCCUGAGGGCAUGAAGUGUGAUGAGAAAUAUUUGCGUGGCUUGGGUAUAUUUGAUAAAGAGGGAGCUGUACCAUGCAUACGUUCUUUAUCAGAGGAAAAUUUGCCUCUAAAUAUACACGAUCGUAUGCGUUUGCUGUUUAAAACCAAAUCCAAAUGGACUUUGGAGGAAAUUGAACCCUAUAUAGAAUGCUUUUCUACUCCUGUCCUCUCAGUUUCCACUUUAAUGGCAAAGCAUGCCCGUUCCCUAAUGGAAAAUGGUGUUCGAUUUUAUGUUACUAAACAUUAGACCUUUUUCAUAUCCUCAAUGGCUUCCUGCAUUGCUUUAACAGCUGAAUUGGGUUUCUGUUCACUGCCCUGCAAAGGUCCGGAUGAAAUUUCAGGCACUUGCAAACCUCCGGUGGCAGUUGGAUAUCUAAAAUAAAUUUU